AUGCGACGUAAAAAUUUGACAACUGCUGAAGCAUCAGAGAUACUCUGUAAGAUCUGUAAACAAAAGGAUCCAUAUCAAUUAUAUAAAAGGAUGGUCAAGAUUGGUGAAGGCGCAUCUGGUAAUGUCUAUAAAGCAAUAUCAGUUCAUGAUGACCGUACAGUGGCAAUAAAACAUAUCAAACUUCGACGUCAAGCCAGAAAGGACUUAAUUAUUGAGGAAGUGCGUAUAGGUAAAGAAGAACCAACCCAUGAAAACCUAGUGAAGCAUAUCGAUACUUUCUUUUGGAGAAAGAAUGUUUGGAUUGUGAUGGAAUACAUGGAAGGUGGCAGUCUGACAGAUAUAGUAACACACAACUAUUUAACAGAGGCAGAAAUUGCUGCCAUCUGUCUUGAAGUGUUAAAAGCACUGGCAUAUUUACAUUCAAAAGGUGUUAUACACAGAGACAUCAAGAGUGAUAACAUACUGAUUGGCCUUCAUGGCCAAGUGAAGCUUUCCGAUUUUGGAUAUUGUGCUCAUCUGGACAAGCCAUAUUCAAAACGAACAACGCUUGCUGGUACUUUAUGCUGGAUGGCACCCGAAAUAGUUCAAAAUAAAGAAUAUGGCCCUACAGUUGAUAUUUGGUCUUUGGGUAUUACUGCUAUUGAGAUGAUCGAGGGUUCUCCUCCUCAUCUAGAUGAUCCUCAACAAGCCAUCGAACUAUUAAAAACAAAGAAUGUUCCGCCUGCAUUAAAGAAUCCUGACCAGUUGUCUUCUACCUUUCGUGACUUUUUAAGCCAGUGUCUUCAGUUUAAAGCCGAGAAUAGACCGACAGCUCAUGAUCUAUUACAACAUCCUUUCCUGUCAAAAGCCGCUCCUCUUGACUCGUUAAGGCCGCUCAUAGAAUCGACCAGAAAGCGUAUUGUAUCGAGUACUUUUUCUUUGUAA